CUAAUUUAAAGGUAUACAGGAUAGAUUUUACUUGUGACAGAACAUCAAUCCAGUACUGCUUUUUGGGAUAAAUAAAAAAUUGUCUUUUUUACAUAAAACUUGUUUUCACUUGAGAUAUCAGGAAUAGAAUAUAAAAUCAAACAGAGGACUCGAAAAUUGAUGAAGGUACCACUUGAGGUUUUAUAUUAAAUCUCACACUCAUCAUGUACAUUGAUAUAAAUCUUCCAAAACAGUUCCUAAAGAAUUGUAGAUUAUAAAAAUUUGGAAUGUAGUGGUCAUGAUUUUGGGAUCUACAAAUUUUAUUAUGUAUGCCAGUAGGGGAAAAGAUAAUAUCAAUUUUAAUUGUGCAGUUACAUGGAUCUGACUUUUAAGACACGUCACUGAAGUAUUGAAAACAUGUUAAAAAUUAAAUUUUAUUAUAAUUAUAUAUUUUAUAAUUAUAAACAGAUAAACAAAAUAAAGAACGGUGUUCCACGAUGAACAAUCUGAUAACAAUCAAGUUUCACAAAUGCUCUUUUCUAACUUCAAAUAAUAAUUUAAGGAAAUAUUUUCACUCAUUACGAUUAAUUCAAUUACUUAUUAACUCGCUUAUUUGUGAAGAACACUUAAUUCAAACCUUUAUUGAAUUAAUCAGUUUUUUUUAAUAGAAUGGUUUAUCUCACUUUGGUGGCACAACCUCCCCAACCCAAUUAAGAUACUUGGAACUACCCCCGGUAAUUGGCAAUGAAAUUACUUCACACACUUCGUAAGGAUGAUUCUGUUGUACAAAUUCUACUACUUCUUUUACACGUGUUGUUCGAGUUUUCAAAAACAUAAAAACUUCCUUGUCUUCGCACACAGUGCCUUUCCAAAGGUAAACCGACGUCACUUUCGGUAUGAUAUUAGCACAGGCAAUCAUGUUCUUUGUAACCAUUUCGUGGGCUAACCGCGUCGCUAAUUCAUUUUCUGGUACUGUGAUGCAAACCAUGGAAUAGAGUAGACGACAUUGUAUCUGCUGUCUUAAACGCACAGAACAUCGCAAAAACAACCCAAAUGACAUAUUGCUCAAUAAAUUCAUGGAUAGAAAGAAGAGAAAUAAAUUGUGAAGCUUGCUAAAGGUGAAAGUGAAACACAAUUGUCAAAAAUUACUCAGAGUGAGCAGGAUACCUUUGAAAUGCAUGUUAGAGCAGCAAAUAUUGUUCGUGCUGGAGAGAGCUUAAUGAAAUUGGUAUCUGAUAUCAAACAGUACCUUAUACUUAAUGAUUUUCCAUCAGUUAAUGAAGCAAUUACUCAAAAUUCAAAACUCUUUCGCACCAAACAGAAUGAAUGUGACCAAAAAUUAAUGAGUUUACGGGAUGAUAUGGCUGCUGAUCUUUAUGAUUUGGAAGAAGAAUAUUACACUUCUAUUUACAAAUAAAAUUCAUAUUGAAAUGUACAUAAAACGACUGAUUUUGUAUUUUGAAUGUGGUGUUAUAUCUUGAAUUAUUUCAGUAUAAAAAAUUGUAUCAUUUGUGUCUUCAUAAAUUUUCCAUAUUUCAGUUUAGUGUGAUGCAGUGAUUUUAUGUUGUUGCUAGUCAGUGGGAAAGAACUGAAGCCAAAUAUGUGCUAAUGAGUGUGAGAUGUAUCCAUAUCAUAGAAAAUUUUAAGUGGUUAUUAGUUUGAAAAAUAAUCUUUCGAUUAUAGACUGUGUAUUUAAUCUCUGUGUUAAUAGUUCCACUAAUAUUUGAAUGAAUUGUAUGUAAAUAAAGAAUGUAAAAAUUAACAAAUGGUAUGGGAAUGAUUUCUUAUUUUAUGACGCAACAAUAAUUGUUGACUAAUCUUCCUUUGAAAGAGUGAAUUUGUAAAUAUUUUUUUUAAAAAUAAAAGUUUUUUUUUUAUUUGUACCAA